AUGGCACCAAAACGUACUCACGAUGGUGAGGCUGCUCCCACAUCAAAGGGCGAGCCCGCAAUUAAGAAGCGCAAGGGUUUCAGUGUUGGACCCGCAAACCUUCCAGAUGGCACAUAUCGUCGCAAGACCCAAAAGAUCAAGAAUGACUUGAUCCACAAAGCCAAAGUGAAGAAGGCCUAUGCCAAGAUCAAAGCUGAAGAACUGGCCAACGCGCCUAAGAGAUCCGUUUACGACACCGCCGAGGGGGAUGACACUGAACCUGCCAAGGUUGAGGAAAAGACUGUUGAUGAGGCAGCGACGCUAGAGCUUCACCCGGAUCGCAUAGCUAUGUUGAACGAGCCCGAGCCUGAGCCGGCCCCUGCACCCAGACCAGAACGACGCCAGCGAGGCGAUGGCAAACAGAGGGAACGCCGACCGAAGCCCUCUGCGUUCACAAGAGAGAUGGAAUUCGCGGAAAAGCGCAGAAAAGCAGAGGAAUUACGUCAGAAGGAACGCGAUGCGAAACAGAAAGAGCGCGAGGCCCUGUUGCGUGCGAAGCGGCCGGAUCAGUUUGGCAAGAGGAGGUUAGGCAGAGAGAGCAAUGCACUGCUUAGUCGCGUGCAGCGAAUGGUUGGUCAGAAUUAG